AUGAGUGACGUAGAUAAGUGGAUAGAAAUCGCAAAAAAGUGUAAAUAUCUCCCAGAAGAUGAUUUGCGUGAAUUAUGUAAUAUUGUUUGUGAUCUGUUAUUUGAAGAACCUAACGUCCAGCCGGUACAGACGCCUGUCACUGUUUGCGGGGAUAUACACGGCCAGUUUUAUGACUUAGAAGAACUAUUUCAUAUUGGUGGUCAGGUGCCUCAAACAAAAUAUAUUUUCAUGGGAGAUUAUGUAGACCGUGGUUACUACAGUUUAGAGACACUGACAUUGCUUAUGGCAUUAAAAGCAAGAUAUCCAGACAGGAUAAUUCUUCUUAGAGGUAAUCAUGAAACCUGUCAAAUUACAAAAGUUUAUGGAUUUUAUGAUGAGUGUCUUAAUAAGUAUGGAAAUGCAAAUGCCUGGAAAGAUUGUUGUAGAGUCUUUGACCUUCUUACAGUAGCAGCUUUAAUAGAUGAGACUGUUUUAUGUGUUCAUGGUGGUUUAUCACCAGAGAUUUCCAUGUUGGAUCAAAUCCGUUGUAUAGAUAGAAAUCAACAAAUACCUCACAAAGGUGCCUUUUGUGAUUUACUCUGGUCAGAUCCUGCUGAUAUUGAAAUGUGGGCUUUAAGUCCUCGUGGGGCUGGUUGGUUGUUUGGUAGUUAUGUAACUGAACUUUUCAUGAAUACCAACAAUUUAAAUUUAAUAUGCAGAGCUCAUCAACUUGUUAAUGACGGUUACAAGUACAUGUUUGGCAAAAGGCUUGUUACCAUUUGGUCAGCUCCAAAUUACUGUUACCGUUGUGGCAAUGUCGCUUCUAUAAUGGAAUUCCUCAGUGUUAACGACAGGAAUGCAAAAAUAUUCCAAGCAGUUCCAGAUAGUGAAAGGGAAGUGCCUCCCCAAAAUGCUACUCCAUACUUUUUA